AUGCUGCCGCCGGGGCGCAACGGCACCGCGGACCCCGCGCCCUUCCCGCUGCAGCAGCGGCUGGCUCAGGAGGGCGCCUUGGGGGGCUCGGCUGGGGCGCAGCCGCUGGGGCCGGCGCAGGUGGUCACCGCCUGCCUCCUGACGAUGCUCAUCGUCUGGACCCUGCUGGGCAACGUGCUGGUGUGCGCGGCCAUCGUGCGCAGUCGCCACCUGCGCGCCAAGAUGACCAACGUGUUCAUCGUGUCUCUGGCCGUGUCCGACCUCUUCGUGGCUCUGCUGGUCAUGCCCUGGAAGGCAGUCGCCGAAGUGGCCGGUUACUGGCCGUUUGGGGCAUUCUGCGACGUCUGGGUGGCCUUUGAUAUCAUGUGCUCUACCGCCUCCAUCCUGAACCUGUGUGUCAUCAGCGUGGACCGCUACUGGGCCAUCUCCAGGCCCUUCCGGUACGAGCGCAAGAUGACCCAGAGCGUGGCCUUGGUCAUGGUCGGCCUGUCCUGGACCUUGUCCAUUCUCAUCUCCUUCAUCCCAGUGCAGCUGAACUGGCACACGGACAAGGCGAGGUCCUGGGGCGGAGCGGACUUGCCACCCAACCUGGUCAACGCGACGCCCUGGGAGGAAGCCGGCGAGUCGGAGGUGAGGGUGGAGAACUGUGACUCCAGUCUGAACCGAACGUAUGCCAUCUCCUCAUCACUCAUCAGCUUCUACAUUCCCGUGGCCAUCAUGAUCGUGACCUACACGCGCAUUUACCGCAUCGCCCAGGUGCAGAUCCGCAGGAUUUCCGCGCUGGAGAGGGCCGCGGAGCACGCGCAGAGCUGCCGAAGUCGCGCAGCCUGUGCACCGGACAGCAGCCUGCGAGCUUCCAUCAAGAAGGAGACCAAGGUCCUCAAGACCCUUUCGGUGAUCAUGGGGGUCUUUGUGUGCUGCUGGCUGCCCUUCUUCAUCCUCAACUGCGUGGUCCCUUUUUGCAGCGGCGACGCCAAGGGCCCGAGGGCUGGCCUCCCCUGCGUCAGCGAGACCACUUUUGAUGUCUUUGUCUGGUUCGGCUGGGCCAACUCCUCGCUCAACCCUAUCAUCUAUGCCUUCAACGCCGAUUUCCGGAAGGUGUUUGCCCAGCUGUUGGGCUGCAGUCACCUCUGCUCCCGCACCCCGGUGGAGACAGUGAACAUCAGCAAUGAGCUCAUUUCCUACAACCAAGACACCGUGUUCCACAAGGAGGUCGCCGCUGCCUACAUCCACAUGAUCCCCAACGCAGUGACCCCUGGGGAAGGGAAAGUGGACAAUGAGGAGGGGGAGAGCCCUUUCGGUCGAAUGUCCCAGGGCUCUCAGACGUCUCCAGAUGGCGACCCUGCUGCCCAGUCUGUCUGGGAGCUGGACUGUGAAGGGGAGAUUUCAUUAGGCAAAAUCACACCUUUCACCCCAAAUGGAUUCCAUUGA